UCGCAUUCCCCCAAACCCAAACCCCCAACCAAUGGCGGCCACGGCAAUGGAGCACGACGGCGGCGCCGAGGUGGUGGUCACCCCGGGGGAGCUCCUCGGGCCCUCCUCGUCCCUCGAGGCCGGGCGCGGCGCCUACGCCGACGGCCGCUCCGUGCGCGCGUCGGUCACCGGCCGCCGCCGCUUCGUGGCCCCCGCCCCCGGCUCCUCCGACCAGAGGUCCACGGUGGAGGUGGUCGGGCACAAGGCGCACGGAGCCGUGCCGCAGCCGGGGAGCGUCGUCAUUGCCCGUGUGACGAAGGUUAUGGCUAGGAUGGCUUCUGCAGAUAUAAUGUGUGUCGACUCAAAGGCUGUCAAGGAGAAGUUCACUGGCAUGAUAAGGCAACAAGAUGUUCGUGCAACUGAGAUUGACAAGGUGGAUAUGUACCAGUCAUAUCGACCUGGCGACAUUGUUAGAGCUCUGGUUCUCUCUCUUGGGGAUGCAAGGGCAUACUACCUUUCGACUGCCAAGAAUGAACUUGGAGUUGUUUCUGCCCAAAGUAUAGCCGGUGGUACGCUGGUCCCAACCAGUUGGACUGAGAUGCAAUGUGAAUUGACUGGCCAAAUCGAGCAAAGAAAAGUUGCAAAGGUGGAAUAGAUCUUGUUUACUUUGCCAGAUCGGAAGGUUUUGGUGGUGUACGAUACGUUUGAUCAACGACGCUGGGUCCUCCAGACAUGAUCAUUGCCACUAGAUUAAGCACAUUAACUUCACCCAUGUGGCAUUACUUUGAGUAGGCUAUAAUACAAUUAUGCUUGUUGAAAGAAUGUUAUUUAGGCCUUUAUGGAGCUUACGAUGUUCCGGUGUGCUGUGUCUUGGAAACAGUUGAAGUGUCACUUUCAGACUGUAGAUUGAUUAUGGAAAAAAAUGCCAUUGGAGGAA